CACCACAACAUGGACAAACUUCGAGUUGCAAUUCUGAUAGUCUCCGACACAGCCUCGGCGAACCCCGCAUCCGACAAGGUUUUUGAUGCUUUGACGCCCAUCUUCGCUGCAGAGGGCAAGUGGGAACCCCCGCAUCCAGGAUCGUCCCGGAUAACGUGGGCCAGAUCCAACAGUGCGUCUGCGAGUGGGCUGAUGGCCCCAAUUGGUAUAACCUCAUUCUGCUCAGCGGAGGAACAGGAUUUGCAAUCAAAGAUAACACCCCGGAGGCACGGCAUGAUUGCUGCCUCCUUGAAAGUGACUCCCUUUGCUAUGAUGGCCAGACCAGUUGCGGGUGUUCGUGACAAGUCUUUGAUUAUUACUCUACCUGGGUCUCCAAAAGGGGCAAUGGAGAACCUCGACGCUGUUGUGAAGCUGUUGCCUCAUGCCUGUAUGCAGGCUGCUGGUGCCAAUUCACGAAACCUCCAUGCUGGAGGCAUGGCAAAGCUGGAAUCAGAGGCAGGUGUCAGCGCUCAAAAGGACAAGCAUCAGCACCAGCAUAACCAUCAUCAUCACCACCAUCAUGGCCAUGAUCACGGUCACGGACACAAGGUCCCAAAGGCACAUACAUCGCCCUCAGAAAGACCUCAGUCCAACGACCCAAACGCAGGCCCUAACCGGCGCUAUCGGUCCUCUCCCUACCCAAUGCUGUCCGUAGACGAAGCACUACGCCGAAUUAACGAGCAGACCCCUGACCCAGAGGUGGUCGAAGUCCCGGUGACGACGUCCUUGAUCGGUUCAGUCAUUGCCGAAGACGUUUACGCCGCCGAGGCUGUCCCAGCCUACCGAGCUAGUAUCGUGGAUGGCUACGCCAUCAUUGCACCGGACUCUAGCACCACCGGCCCGUCCACGAAGGGUGUCUUCCCCGUAGCAUCGAUCACCCAUGCCAAUGUCGGCGGAAACCUAGAGCCAUUGCAACAGGGCACCAUCGCUAGAAUCACCACCGGUGCCCCCUCCCCCCGAACGCAAAUGCUGUAG